UCCUCCUCCACCUCCUCCUCUCUCCAUCUCCUUCCCCGCCAGCCAUGAUCCGUGGCGGGCUAAUUCCCAGACGGUCCUCCUCUUCCUCUUGUCGUCCUCGCGGGCCUGGAAAGUAAACAAAAGGUGUGGGCGGCGGCCAUGUCGGGCAUGACGAGCGGCGUGUGCGUGGAGAGCGACCUGUCGUCCGUGCUGCAGCGAAGCUCGGCCUCCUCGCACCAUCACCCCAAUCACCACGGCUACGGAGGACAGGGCCAGGUGUCCACGCUGGCGCCCAUGCUGGACUACAGCAGCGAGAUGGACCGUUACCGCUCGUCCAUCGCCAGCUUCUACAAGACCAACGUGGACGUGGGCAACUUCCCGCAGUCGGCCAAGCUGGCGGCACGCUUGGCGGCGGCCGCUCCCAUCUUCCCCCCCGCCGCCACCAGACUGGGGGCCAUGGCCACGGCGCCCUGGGGCUGCCACGACAACGUCAACCACCCGGCGGCCGUCUUCUGGGGCCGACCCAAACCCGGCGGCGCGCACCACCGUCACCACCCGGCGGCACCCGCGGGUCACAUGACCCCCUCGCAUCCCCACGGGAGCGGCAUGCCCCAGGGCGGGGGGGCGGAUGACGGGGGGCGAACUGAGAAACACUCCACCGCCUCGCUUCCUGUCACCCAAACGGCUCACCAUCACCCCAUGGCGCCCAGCAACGCCAACUUCCUGCCCGGCUACAGCGGCGGGAGCGACUGCGGCGCGGGCAAGCAAGGACACGCCCACCCGGAUGUGAUGGGCCUAUCGGAGGGGGGCAGCUGCAAUGGGGGCGGGGUUCUGGGAAGCGGCUUCCUGGGGGGACUGGGCUUACCCCCGGGAGUCAUCGUCAUGGCGAUGGGUUCGACAGCGGGCGGGAUGUCGGAUGCCGGCAGCGCCUUCCAGAUGACAGGCGGCCAGCGGGGGCCCGCGGACUGCCAGCAGCACGCUGGCUCCUCGCCCUGCCCCUCUUCGUCCUCGCCCUCAUCAUCAGGUGUGGCAACGGGGGGCGCAGUCCUGUCGCCGCCCUCCUCAUCGUCGUCAUCGUCGUCGUCUAAGAGGAAGCGGAAGCGCUGCGGCGUGUGCGGACCGUGCCGGCGGCUCAUCAACUGCGGCGUGUGUUCGUCCUGCCGCAACAGGAAGACGGGCCACCAGAUCUGCAAGUUCAGGAAGUGCGAGGAACUCAAGAAGAAGCCGGGGGGAGGCGGAGGAGGGGCGAUCGAGAGGCCGCCAUCUGUCCCGACCGGCGAGGCUUUCCGGUGGUUCUUCUAGUCGGCGCCCGGGGCUCAAACAGGAAGCUGCGCUGGCACGUUGGCACUGCACUGAGGACAGUUAGGGCACGAGCUGCCCGCCCGUUGGCUGCUUGCGGUGGAGAAUCCGUGUGUCGCUCCUUCUUUCUCAAAAAUAAGACAAAGUGACUGAUUAUUUUGUGAUUUUUUUUUGUUUGUUUUUAAUCUGACGCAAACAUU